AUGGACUUCUCUCCAGCUGCUCUCGCCAAAUCUUUGCUUCCCCGAGUUCCUUUGUUGGGAAAGACAGCCAUUACCCAUACGCUAGGACGUACCGAACAGUCAGGAAAAUGGGAUUUACGGACUGCUCUUGUGACGUCUCUUAUCCGAUCGUAUCUCCUUGAUAGCCCGCCACAAGCAGUAUCAAAGAGUCAAAAGGCGAGUCUGAAAGAUCCAGGUGUAAAAGGGAGGGUAUGGAUCAGUAAGAUCACCAUGUCACCACCAGCAGAGGACGACAUCAGACGUUCUAUUUUCCACAUUAUUGAAUCCAUGAAAGAGUCUGGAGAAGCAGAAGGAGGGUAUAGGGAACCCGAAAUGGUACCUGUGGAAGCAGAAUGGACAGGUUACCGGGCAGCAGCAACGAAGAAAUCGCCUGAAUUGAACAUCUCAGAGGAGGAGAAAUAUAAAGAAAUGAUGAAAGAAGUCACCUCACCAACAACGAUCCUCUACUUCCACGGUGGAGCUCACUAUCUUAUGGAUCCCGCUUCCCACCGACCUACCUGCAAGAAACUAGCAAAAAUAACAAAAGGUCGAUGUCUAAGUGUCCGAUACCGACUAGCUCCCCAGAACCCCUUCCCAUCCGCUCUCAUCGAUGCUCUAGUAUCUUACCUUACGCUCCUCUAUCCACCUCCUGGGUCUCUCCAAGAUCCUGUCCUGCCAGAGAACGUCGUCUUCGCAGGCGAUUCAGCAGGAGGAAACCUAUGUCUCUCCCUCCUCCAAACCAUCCUCCAAUUCCAACGUCUAAACCUCCGACCCCUCUUCCACGGAUCUUCACGCUUCAUCCCUCUCCCAGCAGGCUGCGCAACCGCCUCCCCUUGGUGCGAUGUAACAUUGUCCCUCCCGUCCCACCUAAAAAACGCACCCUUCGACUACCUCCCCGGCCGAACCACCCGCCCCGUCGACGGCAUCCCGUACCCACCAUGUGAAAUCUGGCCUUCCAAUCCUCCCCGGAAAGCGUUUUACGCAGAUGAUGCGCUUCUUUGCCAUCCGCUUGUUAGUCCCGUGGUGGCAGAGAGUUGGGAGGGCAGUUGUCCUAUUUAUAUUGCGGUGGGACAGGAGUUGUUGAGUGAUGAGGGGAAACAUGUCGCUGCUAAGGCGAGGAGACAGGGUGUUGAGGUUGUUUUUGAGGAGUUCGAGGCGAUGCCUCAUUGUUUUGCGAUGAUCUUUGAGGGAAUGGAGGGUAGCAAGCGGUUUUUUAAUGGGUGGGGUGCGUUCAUUGGGAUUGUUAGCGGUGGGGAUGGGAAUAGGAAGGUGGAGAGUAAAGGGAGUUGUAUUGUUGCUAAGACUUUGAAGGAGAGGACGUUGGAUUUUGGAACUUUAAGUGAGUUAAAGGAUGAGGAGGUCAAGGAGUUCAUGAGGGAGGGAGCGAGCAAGAUGAAGACUUUCGAAGGGGAUCCUCUGACUGCUUCGAAAUUGUAG